CUCCCCGGGCCCCGCUCGCCAGGAUCUGCGAACGCCCGUGGAUUAUCCCUUUCGCAGUUCACAGCCCCGGGUUCCCUGGUUAUUGACAUCGAGCGAUCAGUCAUUUUGGAUUCGGGAAACUGGGGCACUUUCGAAGCUGUUUGGCAUUGGAGGUACCUCAUGACUACGCAGAGGUAGCAGCCCGACACAGAGCGAUCCCAAAACACACAUUAAGAUCUAACCGAGGGGGCGGCCGGAACAGCAAAAGAACCUCUAGCUAUGCGCCGCAUCCCCUCAAUUCCCAGUCUCCAGUUCCACGGCCACUACAUCUUCCCUUUCCCCGCAGCAUGCCCUGGGAGAGCGACUCUGGAUCAUUGUUCGUGUACAACCGACACUCUCCGUGGCGCUCCGCACAGGUGGCCGCGGUUCCUGUAAAGCAGCCUCGGAGCGGCUCCUCUCGCCAUCCCGCCCUCCACUCGCCGUGUGCUGGAGGCGGCACCCAAUGGGGCGGCAGGCACAAUGUUUCCAAACACGGCACUCCCUGCACACUCUCCGCCUCCCCGCGGCAGCACGAAGGCGGCUCCUCUGCACGACAGCGGAGCCGCCAGGGCUGCUGGGAGCGGGGCGGGGGACAGCGGAGCUGCUUCCUGCAGCCAUCCCCGGACAGCACUGCAGAAAGCAGCCCGAGGUCCCGGCACAGCCUCAGCCGGGCGCUCCCGGGACGGGAGCGGGCGGGGGAGCGGAGGGGCGGGGCUAGGCAGAGACCCCGCCUCCCACCACGCCCAUCGCGCGGCGCGGCCCGUGCGCCGCUCCCGUGAGGCUGCGCGGCGGCGGCGGCAUUUAAACCGCGGCGGCCGUUAGGGGCGGUGUGUGUGCCACGGGUUUUUCGCUCCCGGCGCUGGCGGGCCUGGAUCGCGGCAGCGACAUGGGGCCUCGGGGGGACAGGGCGGUGCUGGGCAGCCCCGCUGUGGCCGUGGCCUUCCCGGGAGCUGUGUGCCGGGGCAGCGGCUACCGCUUCGCCUGCGAGCUUCUGAAGCACGUCCUGCACCAGCGGAACCAGCUCCCGCUGCCCUACGAGCAGCUGGCCUACUUCUGCCGGCGGGCGGCCCAGGGUGGAGAUGGAAUUGAGAAACCACAUUCCCUGGGCCUAGCAAGCAGAAAGUGCCAGCAGUUGCUGACGGAGCUGGAGGGAUUGUUCCAGCACCUGGAAGUCAUGUUUAGUCUGACGCUGGUUCCUCGGGUUCUUUUCCUACUUGGAGGCAACGUCAUGAACCCCAAGGAGCUCUAUGAGCUGAAUUUGGAGGGGUUCUGUGAGGGCUCUGCUGAAGAGAGCCUCCAGACCGCACCCUGUGUUCGCCAGCUCUUUCACCGCCUGUUUGUUGCUGAUGUCUUCAGUGAACUUAAGGCUCUCCCUGUGACAGGCACUCUUGUCCUGGUCCAGGGCCACCGUGACUGUGGUGUUGAGUGGUUCCGGCCCAAGCUCAACUACCAAGUGCCGAGCCGAGGGAGGAAGCUGACUGUUAAGUUGUCCUGUGAUGGAGACCUCCACGUCAGUGCCUCACCUCCACGGCACACAGCACCUGCUUGGGAGGACUAUGUCUGGUUCCAAGCACCAGUGACCCUCAAAGGCUUUAGUGAAUGAAUGGUUUCUGUAGAAAUUUAACUGGAAUAUUGAAUACUUUUUUUUUUCUUUAGGUGUUAAUUUUAGCAAAUGUAACCAUGUAUUUUUGAA